AUAUAACCUAACUUUAACGUGUAUCAAUGAAAGCCCUCAAGCAACCCCCUCUCACUUCCCUUCUCUCUCUCCUAUUUUUUCUUUCUUUCUUUCACUCUUCCUUUUCCUUCUCUAAUAUGAUCACUACUCUUUAUUUCUCUUCUUUUUCUUGAUCUUAUUGAUCUUUCACAAUCGAUCACACACAAUUUUUAUUAGAUCUGCCUUUUGAUAUGGUCACAAGCCAUAAACUACUAAUCAAACAACUUGGAGAGUUUCAUGAGCUAGAGCUACAAGCUCAGCCACAAAGAGAUUAACAAGGUGGAUCCAAGGCAUGGUAAGAGGGCUCUUCCUUAUGAUGCAUCGGAAGAGAAAAAGGAAGAUCAUGUCUUUUCUGUAGAAUCAUCAGCUUGGGUGCUUCAAGAUCCCUCAGCCAUGGAUUCAUCAACCUUUUCACCAAUUAUUGGCACUGGGGACAGCAGCCCAACUCAGAAGCAAGCAGGCAUGUUAGUUGGGUCAGAGUCUAGCAUGAAAGAACCUGCCACUUCUAAACCUACACAUGAUCAAGCGAAUAAUGUAAUAAGAAGAAGGCAUUAUCGAGGAGUAAGGCAGAGACCAUGGGGCAAAUGGGCAGCUGAAAUCCGUGACCCAAAGAAAGCAGCUCGAGUGUGGCUUGGAACAUUUGAGACAGCUGAGGCUGCAGCUGCUGCUUAUGAUGCAGCAGCUUUGAAAUUCAAAGGCACAAAAGCUAAACUCAAUUUUCCUGAACGCAUUGAAGGAGGGACUGAUCAGAUGGGCUACUUCAUGAAUGGCCACCAAGGUUCUUCAGCCAUUAAUGUUGCACCAAGUUUUCCCAAUUACUCAUUUUCUCAUUAUGCUCCUCUCCAAUCUCCACCACCACCACCACAAACACUUUAUCCUCUCCCACCUCCAUUGUCAGCUGAAGCAUUCCCAAACCUUUUACAAUAUGCACAGCUACUUCGCAGUAGUGAUGAUAAUGCAUUACCCUAUGCUACCUCAGGUCUUUAUAAUUAUGACCAUGGCCCUUUAUUCUCUUCAUCAACUUCUUCAGCAAUAUGUCCAGAACAAAUGGAAAAUUUUCAGAGCUCUCAGAUGGGGGGUUACUCUUCUAGUUCUCAUCAUCAUGUUCUUGAAAAUCUAUCCAGCUCACAGAUGGGGAGUACUUACUCUUCUGGUUUUCAUUUCUUUGAACAGGGGAGGGAUUCUCAAAAUAAUAAUCCUGGACCUGGGGAAAAGUAAGGUCCAUGCAUGUAGUUUGCGGGUGGAAAUAAUGUUGCCAAGAAAUUAACAUUCUUGGUUUACGCUAAUACUUUAUCCAAAUGCAUAAAAUAUCAAGCUUUCGUGGCUGUACCUUUUGGACAAUUAUUCAUGUUCAGAAGAGGGAAUAGUAUCCGGCAUCUAAGAGUAUAAGUAACUAGGAUGUGAUAUGCUUGUGAGAUUGGUCUAUAUAUAUAAAACCAAUUCGUUUAGUACAAUUGAGAGAGAGAGAGAGAGAGAGAGAGAGAGAGUUUUGAAUAUGUAUUCGAAUUGUUUUUUAAUGGCUAUCCUUCUUAUCAUCAGCAAGGAUGGCUUUGUUGCA